AUGGAUUUACGCACGAUCAUGAACAACGAUGCGGCCGCCUCGUCCUCGAAGCCGGCCGAACCCGCCUAUCCUCCCCGCGACCAGACUGCGCCGUCAACGUCGCCCUCUUCCUCCUAUCCUCCCGCGUAUCCUCACGGCUCUCCCGAGCGCUCCUCGUCUUACGGCUCUCUUCAAUCGCCUUACCAAUACCAACCUUCUCAUCCCGCUCCGUAUGGCUCCUCCGCGUCGCGUGACUCAUUCGGCGCGCCCGGCCCCUACAACCUUCCCCCCCAGCAGCAGUCCCCUGUCUACGCGCAGCAGCGUUCGCACUCCAUUCAGUCCGUUACGAACCCUCUUUUCUCCCCCACCUACUCAUCCCAUCUCAGAGAAAGCCCUCCCGCAGGUGGUCCUCAAGCGUACCCCCCUCAGCAAGCCUCCGCGCAGGCGUCGAUGCCUGUGACCCCUCGGGGCUCUGCUGCCACCGCGUCUGCUGCUGCGCCGUAUCCUCGACACACGCCCCCCUCCGGCCGUCCCUUAUCGUCGGGCCGGGAAUCCCAUUCUCACCCAGCGUCGAGUCCGUGGGUGGGAAGUGAUGCGCCGGCUCACAUGUCCCCGAAUACGGUCCACCGCAUCUCGCGGCAGGACUCGGGCCCCAUGGAAUAUACCCCCCGGCAGUCAUCGGCUUCAAUGGACCGGAGGACUUCCGACGAAAGCGUGAGCCCGAAGACGGCUCUUCCGCCGCAUUCUCGACAGGGAAGCGUAGUCGGCGCAUAUCCGGAUCAGACGGCCGCGCCGCAACCUAUGGCCGUGGAAAAUGGUUUCGCGGCAAGGGAACGCCGGUCCAGCGUGCAGAGCUCGAGCGUCGGGCCGCCUGCGACUCACAUAAAUAGUUCUCCAUCGACUCGUGCAUCGGUGACGCGCGAUGGUCUUCUGGUAGAAGAGGCGCGAUCGGCGCCGAUGGCAUCAACAGACAGACAACCACGUGUGGCUGCGGUCAGCCCGACCGGCCCCAAGGUGAAGCGACGAAGGUAUAACGAGCCGCCUAUCUUCGCUCAACGAUCUGUGCGCACCAAAGGAAGAUGUCCGAUGAUCCCGAACCGACUACCCCCUAUCCCGAAGGACGCCCGGGACUCGGCACAGAAUCCGUGGAAUCUGCGCCAGCAGUCUGUGUCUACUCAGGCUUCUACCGCUGCAGUUGACUCGUCUUUGCCAGCCAAACCGGAGGCCGAGACGCCGCCAGUCAACGGUCCUCCCGCCCCAAGUCAACCUCCAGAGUCUCCCCAGCCGGCCCAGCCGGCCCAGGCAGCUCAGACGGGCAGUCUGGGGCCCUGGGAGCCGUCGAUAAAAGGAAUCGUGCCGUACGAAGAAAUCACCAAAACGGUCUGUGAUUUCUUGUUCCAACACGUUGUCCUGCGAAACGAUGCCGUUGCCGCUCCCGCGGGGACAUCGGCAGCGGGCCAGGGAGCAAUUAUUGAGGUGGAAGCCAAGAUGGGUCAGCUGGUCGAUAUGGAUCGAAACGAGAGGCUUCAUCUUCCAAUCCAGACGGAAAGCGUGGUCGAUAAGAAGAACACGCGCCUGCGGACCGCCUUCGAGAGCACGAUGACAGUGGCGCAACAUCGAGCGAUGAAUAAUUUCCUGAAUGAAGCAGUGAAACUGUCCAUGCCGCAGACCAAACCCGACCGAGUCCCGUUGUCAUACGCACAUAAAAAGGAACGGGACACCUUCUAUGAAGUGUCGCCUAGUGAACUUUCUCCUGUUAUCCGACAGAACCUCAACCCCCGUCACAAGCCCAGAGUUCGGGUCACCGUCGACCAGCGAACGGGUGAAGUGCUCGCGAAAAUUGUCAAAUGCCGAAUUGCCGAUCUUGACGUGUUCAGUCCAAACACCUGUGUCGAUUGGCGUAUCAGUGUCAAUCUGGAAAUGAGUUAUGAAGGCGAUGUCUCUAAUCUUACCGUGCUCGAUGGUAGUCGAGGCGGGCGCGGCGGCGACCGUAACAAGGAUCGAAUGAGCUAUCGGCAUCUAGCCUAUCAAAUCGAUCUAACGCAAGUCGCCAAAUCCGAGCCCCCAGUAAAAGGUGAAUUCGAACAUGAACUCGAGAUCGAAUGCUCCGCCGCCGAGAUCCGCCGUCAAGGUCAACUCGCCAUGUCCGGCGACCCUUCAAAUCAGUACGAGGACUUGGUCAAGGGCUUCGUGGAUAAUAUUCGCGUGUUGGCAAGAGCGGUCCCACCGUGA